UGCGUUGCAAUAUUUUCUCCGAAUCUGUUAGAAUAUUCUCUGGAACAGCGUUUUUGAAACUACGUGUAAUUGGGAGCGCACUUUUGGUUAUGUCCCGGUUAGAACCUCAGGCUGGCUAGCCUUUCAUCCUUUUAUGUUUGAGCCCCGUAAAAGCUUAGGAUUUGUCAUUUCCGCAUAGAUCACCAAGAAUUUUCUGGCUCUCACGGUGUAACGAAGUGGCCGUUUGAUAUGUUUCUCCUGUCCUGCCAACAAGUAUGGCUACGACUCUAUCCGCAAGAGACAGUAACUUGUUUGUCCCGAGGGUGCCAUACCGAACUGGCAGCUGCAGGAGCAGUCCAUGGACUCGAGGGUUUUCGUUACGUCAUCACCUAUGACUGUCUUCAAAGCAUUGAUGGCCGUUUGAAAGGAGAGCUGCGGAGGAGAUGGCUGACAUGUUGUUUGCUGACUUUUGGCAAUGGAGGUUGAAAGACAGUCCAGAGUUGGCAACCAUGAUGGGAGAGCACAAGUACGACCACCUUCUGGAGUCCUACACCCUCGACUCCUAUGAUAAAAGGAGGCAUGUAGUUGAAGAGUUCCUAAAGCGUGGGAGGGAGCUGCUUCCAAAAGUGAAGGACAAGUGGUCCUUGUGCAGUCUCCACAUAUUUAUCGAUGCUUUGGAAGGGUACCUGCGAGGACUCGACAAUAAAGCGCACCUAUAUCCCAUUAGCUUCCUGGAAGGAGUUCAUGUUGACCUCCUUCAGACUGUUGACUACAUGGUAUUUAAUACGCCUCAUGACUACAGAAAGUUAGUCUCGAGGUAUUCAAAAGUUCCUGAACAGGCUGAUGGCAUCAUUGAACUAAUGAGGGAAGGCAUCAGGCAGAAACGCACUAUGCAUGCAGCAUCAAUGAAAAGUGUGGUCGAAAGGUUUGAAGCACUACAGGGUCCUGCGGAGAAGUCUUCAUUUUAUGCACCCUUCCUGAAAUUUCCUGACAGCAUACCCCAGCCUGUGAGGGAUGAACUACAGAAGCAAGGCAGAGAUGUGAUUGAAAAAGAACUCCUUCCAGCAUUUCAAAAGCUUGGUAGCUUUAUGAAAGAGGAAUACAUGAAAAACUUGCGACCUGAUAUUGCUGCAUCUUCACUUCCUGGAGGCAAAGAAUAUUACGCUGCAUGCUUGCUUUAUCACCUUGGAACUCCACUCAAUGCAGAACAAGUGCACCAGAUGGGGUUGGCAGAAGUCAGUCGAAUAUCGGACAGCAUUCAGCAAAUAGUUCAGGAACUUGGCCUUAAGAUGAGCAACAAGGAGUUUAUGGAAAUGCUGCGCAAGGACAAACCAUUCAACCACAACUCUGGCGAAGACAUCUUGAAAGACUACGAUCGGCUUCUCAAUGAAGUUAUUAACCCAAAGUUGACAACAAUCUUCAAGAAUCUUCCAAAGUCAGUGUCAAAGCUAAGGUUGCAGUUGAUGGAUGCAUCACGAGGAGGGGGCCCUGCUGCCAUGUACAUUCAAGGCACUCCAGACUUCUCGCGCCCGGGAAUAUUCUACAUCAAUGGAGUUGAUGUAGCACGAUCCCCAAAGUACAUCAUUCCAGCACUAGCUCUUCAUGAAGGAAACCCUGGACAUCACUUGCAGGGAUCUUAUGCCUUGGAGCUUCCUGGCAUGCCAGCCUUUCGUAGCCAACUAGAUGAUAGACGAUACAACGACGGGCCAGCCCAUUUUCCAAUGCACACUGCAUUCAUCGAGGGCUGGGCUCUCUACAGUGAAUACCUUGGUCACGAGCUUGGUGUUUACAAGGAUGCAUACGAGAGGUUUGGUCACCUGUCUCAAGAAACUUUGCGUGCCUGUCGUUUAGUGGUGGACACUGGAAUGCAUGCACUUGGUUGGUCACGAGAAAAGGCCAUUAAUUUUCUCCUCGAGCACAUAGCUUCAAAUAUGGCAGAAGUGGAAAGCGAGAUUGACAGAUAUAUCACGUGGCCUGGACAGGCCUGUGCAUACAAGGUUGGUGAACUUAAGAUUCAGGAGUUGAGACAGAAAGCACAGAAUAGUCUAGGAAAUAAGUUUGAUAUUCGAGACUUCCACCAAGUUCUUAUGGCUAACCCUGGCCCACUGACGUUUGUGGAAAAGGAAGUGGAUGAAUACAUCCAGGCAGCUCUGCAGAAAUAAAGACGUCAUUCCUUAUUUGGGAGCCAUAUUCAGGUGCUAGGUGCGGUUUUGGAACAAAUACACUUAUAUUGACCAGUUCGCUGCAUUGAGUAUAAUGUUGAGAAAUUGAGCUCCUUUGUGAUACCUUAGCUGAGACAGUGAAUUGGUGCAGAAACAGAAGUGAAGCUAAAGUGCUUCUCUCUGACAUCUUCAGUGGGAUCAAGUAGGAGUGUGUUUAGUGCCUACAACUGAAAGUUGACUUUCCUGAAUUGAUAAUUUGAUAUACAAUAAAAAAUUACUCAUCUUA